UAAAAUGUGCUCUCAUGUUCUUAACGCUCCAUCAGCUCCGCGUCUCGUGCUCAUAGUUCUUAACAAUAGGGAAAUUGUUUUACGUUGGUUCCCGCAAAUACUACACUUUUCAGCUAGAUCUAUGCAGCGAAUUUCAGCUGACAACCAGUACGACACGAUGAAGUACAUACUGGUAACCGGUGGGGUCAUCUCUGGCAUUGGCAAGGGAAUCAUCGCUAGCAGUGUGGGCACCAUUCUUAAGUCCUGUGGUCUGCAUGUCACUGCCAUCAAAAUAGACCCCUACAUCAACAUUGAUGCUGGCACCUUCUCACCUUAUGAACAUGGAGAGGUGUUUGUCCUAGAUGACGGCGGUGAGGUGGACCUCGACCUGGGGAACUACGAGCGUUUCCUCGACAUUCGGCUCACCAAGGACAACAACCUGACAACGGGCAAGAUCUACCAGUCUGUCAUCAACAAGGAGCGUCGGGGCGACUACCUGGGCAAGACUGUGCAAGUGGUGCCCCACAUCACCGACGCCAUCCAGGAGUGGGUGAUGCGUCAGGCCCGGAUCCCUGUGGAUGACGAUGGCUUGGAGCCCCAGGUCUGCGUGAUUGAGCUGGGCGGCACCGUAGGUGACAUCGAGAGCAUGCCCUUCAUCGAGGCCUUCCGGCAAUUCCAGUUCAAGGUCAAGAGGGAGAACUUCUGCAACAUCCACGUGAGCCUGGUGCCGCAGCCGAGCGCCACAGGGGAACAGAAGACAAAACCAACACAGAACAGCGUCCGCGAGCUCCGGGGGUUAGGGCUGUCUCCAGACUUGGUCGUGUGUCGGUGUGCUACGCCGCUGGACACUGCCGUCAAGGAGAAGAUAUCUAUGUUUUGUCAUGUGGAGCCCGAACAGGUGAUCUGCGUCCAUGAUGUCACAUCGAUUUACCGCGUGCCACUGCUGCUGGAGGACCAGGGCGUGGUGGACUACUUCUGCCGUAGGCUGGACCUGCCCAUUGAGACGAGGCCCCGGAAGAUGCUCACCAAGUGGAAGGAGAUGUCUGACAGGUCUGACCGUCUCCUGGAACACUGCUCCAUCGCUCUGGUGGGGAAGUACACCAAAUUCUCUGACUCGUACGCCUCGGUCAUCAAGGCCCUUGAGCAUUCGGCGCUGGCUAUCAACUACAAGCUGGAGGUCAAGUACAUCGAUUCAGCGGAUCUGGAGCCGGCCACGCUGCAGCAGGAGCCUGUGAAGUACCAUGAGGCAUGGCAGAAGCUUUGCAGUGCUGGUGGUGUCCUGGUCCCCGGCGGGUUUGGAGUUCGAGGCACAGAGGGCAAGAUUCAGGCCAUUAGCUGGGCAAGAAAGCAGAAGAAACCAUUUUUAGGUGUGUGCCUUGGCAUGCAGCUGGCCGUGUGUGAGUUUGCCCGGAAUGUUCUGGGCUGGCAAGAUGCGAACUCGACGGAGUUUGACCCAGAGUCCAAGCAUCCUGUAGUGAUUGACAUGCCGGAGCACAACCCUGGACAGAUGGGCGGUACGAUGAGGCUGGGAAAGAGGCGCACAAUCUUCAAGAGUGGUAACAGUGUUCUGAGAAGGCUGUAUGGAGAUGCUGACCAUGUUGACGAGAGACACCGGCACCGGUUUGAGGUGAACCCAGACCUGAAACAGCACUUUGAGGACAAAGGUUUCAGUUUUGUCGGGCAGGAUGUGGAGGGCGAGAGGAUGGAGGUCAUUGAGCUGGAUGAUCAUCCCUACUUCGUGGGGGUACAGUACCACCCAGAGUUUACCUCCCGACCCAUCAAACCCUCCCCUCCCUACCUUGGCCUCCUGUUGGCCGCUGCUGGAAAACUGCACAGCUACCUGCUCAAGGGAUGCCGUCUGUCGCCAAGAGACACGUACAGCGACCGCAGUGGUGGCAGCUCUCCUGACUCUGAGAUCGCAGAGCUUAAGUUCCCCUCGGAGGCCCAGAACUGAUGCCCCUGUUCUCCGGCGAGAUCAAGAUUUGAUUGCGCACAGGCCAGGGCUGAGCUAAUGGUUCCACAUGGCACAGGAACGGAAGCUGGGGCUGAGAAAAAGUGCUGAUGGGUUUUAAAUUAUAACCACCUAUGGAAUGAGUUUGUGUGUACAUAAGUGCUUUUUUUUAAGGCUGUUUCGCUGUCAUGAGCUGCUCCUUUAACAUACCUUGCAUCUUCGCAUGCUGAAGCCUAGUCACUGUAUUAAUACAAGCAACUUCUCAGGUGGCUGUGUCUUCACUAUAUGCAAGUCAUGGUGGAAUUUAAUACCCGAGGACCUUUGCUUUGGUACAUAGGAACUGCAUUAUGCAAUGCAGCUCCUAUCUCCUCCCCCCCCCCCCGGUCCUAGUCCUUAUGGACCUGCAGGCAGCAUGUGGUUUUGUUUUCUCCUGGGCAGAAAUGGACUGGCUCCUGGUCCAAGGACCACAUUGGGAAACACUGGUGUAAUAAAGUCCAGCUCCUUUCUUCA